CGCGCGGCGCUCAGUGCCAGGCGGGAGGCGGCAGCGGUUGGAGGCUUCGCCAGGCUUUGCAGCGGGGACUUCGGCGGCGGCGGCGGCGGCGGCGCCUCAGGCUCCUCGGCCCUGACACAAUGAGGCGAGUGGUACGGCAGAGCAAGUUUCGGCAUGUAUUUGGACAAGCAGUGAAAAAUGACCAGUGCUACGAUGACAUCCGAGUUUCUCGUGUGACCUGGGAUAGUUCCUUUUGUGCUGUUAAUCCCAGAUUCGUUGCCAUAAUCGUGGAAGCGAGUGGGGGUGGAGCAUUCCUGGUGCUCCCUUUACACAAGACUGGUCGAAUUGACAAAUCCUACCCUACUGUGUGUGGUCACACAGGACCAGUGCUGGAUAUAGACUGGUGCCCGCACAACGAUCAGGUCAUUGCCAGUGGUUCAGAGGACUGCACGGUUAUGGUAUGGCAGAUCCCGGAAAACGGACUUACCCUCUCCCUGACUGAACCUGUGGUGAUUUUAGAAGGCCACUCGAAGAGAGUCGGCAUCGUGGCCUGGCAUCCGACAGCCCGCAACGUGCUCCUCAGUGCAGGCUGUGACAAUGCCAUCAUCAUCUGGAAUGUGGGGACAGGGGAAGCCCUUAUAAACUUGGACGAUAUGCAUUCAGACAUGAUCUAUAACGUGAGUUGGAACCGGAACGGCAGUCUGAUCUGCACAGCUUCCAAAGACAAGAAAGUGCGAGUGAUCGAUCCCAGGAAACAAGAGCUUGUUGCUGAGAAGGAGAAGGCCCAUGAGGGAGCCAGGCCCAUGAGAGCCAUCUUCCUGGCUGACGGCAACGUCUUUACCACUGGGUUCAGUCGCAUGAGUGAGCGGCAGCUGGCACUCUGGAAUCCUAAAAACAUGCAGGAACCAAUUGCUCUUCAUGAAAUGGACACUAGCAAUGGAGUUUUGCUGCCUUUCUAUGAUCCUGACACCAGUAUCAUUUACUUAUGUGGAAAGGGAGACAGCAGUAUUCGCUACUUUGAGAUCACGGAUGAAUCCCCAUAUGUCCACUACCUCAACACAUUCAGCAGCAAGGAGCCUCAGAGAGGCAUGGGUUACAUGCCCAAGAGAGGACUCGACGUUAACAAAUGUGAAAUUGCCAGAUUCUUCAAGCUGCAUGAGAGAAAGUGUGAGCCCAUUAUCAUGACUGUUCCCAGGAAGUCUGACCUUUUCCAAGAUGACCUGUACCCAGACACGGCAGGCCCCGAGGCUGCGCUGGAGGCAGAAGAGUGGUUUGAAGGGAAGAACGCUGACCCAAUCCUCAUCUCCUUGAAGCACGGCUACAUUCCAGGCAAAAACAGGGAUCUCAAAGUGGUCAAGAAGAACAUUCUGGACAGCAAGCCCACUGCAAACAAGAAGUGUGACCUGAUCAACGUCCCCAAGAAAACCACAGACACGACUAGUGUGCAAAACGAAGCCAAGUUGGAUGAAAUUUUAAAAGAGAUCAAAUCUAUAAAAGACACAAUCUGCAAUCAAGAUGAGCGUAUUUCCAAGUUAGAACAGCAGAUGGCGAAGAUAGCCGCCUGAAGGUCCCUCCCACCCUCCGGAACCUGGGAGUGAGAACUUGGGCUUUGGUAGCUGGUUGUUGGUGUGGUCCGAGGGAGGGUGGAGGGGGAGGCACUGCCAUUGGGAGACAUUCCAUUUCAGAGUUGUCAACCAGCAGCGAUAGGCCACAUUCCAGUAAGAACUCGAGCGACUCCCAAAUUUGCAAAAAAAAAAAAAAAGGAGAAAAGGAAAAAAGAAAAAAAAAAAGCUGAGCUUUUUAU